AUGCGUGAAACGCCGUCUCUUCGUCCAUCCGGCUUUGGAACAAGAUAUUUAACCGAUAAAGAGAAAGUUUGGGAUCAUAAUGCUUGGGACAAUCCGGAAUGGGAUGACGAAAUGGAGAAGAAUGCGAUUGAAGUGAUUGAAGGACAAAAAGUACAUCCAGUUGAGUCUCAUUCGGUCUCGAAUCUUCUCUCAAAUCCCGUUCGUCAAUGGAACAAUUUCUACGCUCGACAUACCAACAAAUUCUUCAUGGACAGGAAUUGGCUCUUGAAAGAAUUCCCCGAAUUAGAUAUGGAGAAAUACCCAGCGGAUUCCCACAUACGAGUGCUCGAAGUCGGCUGUGGUGUCGGGAAUACCUCAUUUCCUUUACUGCAAUGGGACAUUGAAAAGAAGAUGUAUUUGUACUCGUGUGACUACUCUUCGAAAGCAAUCGACAUUGUUAAAGGUAACGAAAAUUACGAUGAGUCUCGAGGAAAAGCCUUUGUUUGGGACAUCACCGAGCCGCAUUCAAGUGACAUAGAGCCGGGGUCCAUUGAUGUGAUCACGUGUAUUUUUGUGCUCUCCGCAAUUCCACCGACAAAAUAUCGACAAGCUAUCGAGAACCUUUCAACUUUGCUGAAACCCGGUGGAUGUAUCCUCGUGAAGGAUUACGGUCGUUUCGAUCUCAGCCAGCUUCGCUUUAAGAGAAAUCGCUUCAUCGAUGAAAAUCUUUAUUGUCGAGGUGAUGGAACACUCGUUUACUACAGGACCAAAGAAGAAAUGGAGACCGAUUUCCUGCACUGUGGAUUGGAGCCCGAGGCGUGCACAUAUGAUCGACGUUUGAUUGUGAAUCGAGCAAUAAAGCUUCAAAUGCACCGAAUUUGGAUCCAGGCGAAAUUCAUCAAAAAGACCAAUUUA